ACUCAUACAUGUAGGCAGCCAGGGAGGCAGGCACUCAGGCGCCUAGACGAGGUCGACGCCGAGGUCGACGCCGAGGUAGAAAGACAGAAAGAGGGAAAGAUGAUGUUUUGAGACCCAAAGAGAGUGUAAAUUCCAUCGCCAAUUCUCCAGGACCAGUCCAGUUUGGAACAACCCGACGGACCAACCAGCCUCGAACCGCUCGAACCACUCCCUGCCUGGGCUACUGGCUUGACGGGAUUGGGAUCUCCUGUUGUCAGAACGAAGGACCAGAGGAGAAGACGACAAGAGGAAGGAGAGACCCACCCACCCACCGUGAAGUCACUCAGAUCCACCUUCUACUUCAUCAUCAUUAGCAUCCAGCGGCAAUCGGUAAUCCCACACUGCCCGUGUUCCACCCAGGCCAGGGCUCAACCCAAUGUCCACUUCGCAACCGUAUUGAACAACCAGGCUGGCCCUCUCUGAAUGCGCGUUUCACUCGGUUGGUCGUCACGACGCUUGGGCAGACUCGUCCUGUCCAGCCAGAGCCUCGCCUCUUUGACACUACGCUCGGCUGGUGUGACCAUGGCCGCCGACUUGUCCACUAACCAGGCGCCGGUCAUCUCCGGCAGCGUGACCGAGAACCUCAAGAUCAUCCACGAGCGCAUGCACCAGGCCUUUGAAGGCUCACCCGACAUCGUCCGAGCCGUGAAGAUGCCUCGAUUGGUGGCCGUGUCCAAGCUCAAAUCCAAGGAGCUCAUCAUUGAGGCCUAUGAGGCGGGUCAGCGAUGUUUCGGCGAGAACUACGUCCAAGAGUUGUUCGAAAAGUCCACGGAUCCAGAUAUCCUUACCCAAUGUCCGGAGAUUAGCUGGCAUUUUAUCGGCCAUUGUCAGAGCUCGAACGUGAACAAGUUGCUGAAAACGCGAAAUCUGGCCCUAAUGGAAACUGUGUCCACCAGUAGUUUGGCCGAUAAGCUCCAAGCACGAUGUGCGAAAGAGGAGUUAAAGCUCAAUAUUUUGGUCCAGGUCAAUACCUCGGGUGAAGAUAAUAAAAGUGGCGUGGAGCCCGGCACGCCCACGUUAGAGCUCAUCCAGCACAUCGUGGACAAGUGUCCAAAUCUCGAUUUUAAAGGAGUCAUGACCAUUGGGGCCUUCAGCAAUAGCAUCACGGAUCACGAGAAAGCCAAUCCUGACUUUGUCAAACUGAAAGAGACCCGCCAAAAGGUGGCGGAAGUGAUGAAGAUGUCCGAGCAAAGUCUCGAGCUGUCCAUGGGCAUGUCACACGAUUACGAGGAAGCCGUCCGGAUAGGCAGCACCAAUGUCAGAGUAGGAAGUAGCAUUUUUGGUGCCAGAGAUAAACGCUAGACACGUGGUAGAUCGAGUGUCGGUACGCGACAUUUGCGCCCUUCCUACACAAAGCGAAGCCUCGCGGCAUACAUACAACAUACCAACCAACCAACCAACCAACCAACCAACCAACCAACAUAUUAUAUACUGCUAUAUUAGGAGAAAAUCAAUAUUCAAAUGAAUUCAGCACUAUCCACAUCCAGGAACGUUAUGCUUUCAUGAUUCGACGGGCAUGAACACGGCAGCCACCCAACCAUCUGAUUGUAAAGCUAGUCUACAGGCUAGCUCGACUUCAGCACUAGAUGGGGAAUUACUGAGAAAUUGAGAUUGACCAUCACCACUCCAAUAGGCGACAGGUAUCGUGGCCUCUUUAUUGCCGGUCACGUUAUGACGAAUGUCUUCUCAAUUAGUAUUCGCCUGUCGAUCAACCACAUACCACAUGCUGUUUCUUAAACCCAUUUAUGUACGAACCCUCGCCCUUCCUUCGUUCUCGAAACACACUUUCAAGAAGCAGCUGUUCUUGCUGUCCGACAGGAUAUCUUCCAAUUUAGAAAUUGUUAAAUGUGGCGACAAACCAACGCCAAACCGAAAUAAAUUAAAAUCUUAUUCAAA